AUGGGCCCGUGCUUCAGCCGGGCUCAGAACAAUGGGCAGCUGUCGGCUCCUCGGGGUGGACGGGCUGCGGCCGAGAGGCGGCAGUUCUGCCAGUGGCCCUGCAAAUGCCCCAGAGAUCGACCCUACUGUGCCCCGGGCGUGAGCUCUGUCCUGGACGGCUGUGGCUGCUGCAAGAGCUGUGCCAGACAGAUCGGAGAGCCCUGCAAUGAGAGGGACGUAUGCGAUCCACACAAGGGCAUGUACUGCGACUUCUCAGCAGACCGGCCGAGAUACGACGUGGGAGUGUGUGCAUACAUGAUGGCAGUGGGCUGUGACCUGAAUGGGGCCCACUAUGAGAACGGAGAGGCUUUCCAGCCCAGCCCCCUCUAUAAGUGCACAUGCAUUGCCGGAGCCAUCGGCUGUACCCCUGCUUUCAUCCAGAAGCCUGCCGGCCUCCUGGGCCCCGCCCCGCUGAUGGGCAACAUGCCAGCUGGCCUCCGCAGUGGCCAGAGCUCAAACAAGCAGCAGCAGGACACUACGUACAUGUCAGGUUACCCUUUAACUGUAACACUGAAAGCUUACAGGGAUCCUCCUUUAGCCUGGAAGAAGAACUGUCUGAUCCAGUCGACGCCCUGGAGUCCCUGCUCCAAGACCUGCGGCCUUGGCAUCUCUGUACGAGUCAACAACGACAACAGCAAAUGUGAGAUGAGGAAGGACCGCCGCCUGUGCCUGCUGCGACCAUGUGAGAAAAGCGUGCUCAAGAGCAUUAAGAUGCCAAAAGGAAAGACGUGCUUGCCAAAAUUCCAGGCAAAAAAAGCAGAGAAACUCAAGCUCUCCGGCUGCACCAGCACCAAGAAGUUCAAGCCAACAUACUGCGGCGUCUGCACAGACAAGCGCUGCUGUGUCCCCAACAAGUCACGCAUGAUAAAGGUCAACUUCACCUGCAAAGGGGGCUCCAACACACAGUGGAAGAUGCAGUGGAUAAUGUCCUGUGUGUGCCAGAGGAAGUGCAACGAUCCGGGCGACAUGUUUUCUGACCUGCGGUUACUCUAAUGGAAC